AUGAAGUGUGGGAAAUUAUUACUAGUUCUUGGAGCACUGCUAGCUGGCUCCGAGGGAGCUAGACAUCCACACCUCCCUCCUUACCUUUUGGGUCGUCCAACAUCCCAGGGAUUCGUGGCUCAUGGUGACCGAUUUUCUGAAAAUGCUGAUACUCCAAUUGCCAACCUGACCAGAAAAACUCUUCCACAGAAAGUUGAUAACUUUGACAACACUAACAAUGCCAUGUACGAUCAGCAUUACUGGUACAACUCUAACUACACUCAAAAAAAAGGCAUUGUGUUUUUGAUGAUCCAAGGAGAAGCACCAGCCACAGAUCUGUGGAUUCAGAAUCCAAAUUAUCAAUAUUUGAAAUGGGCUAAGGAGUUUGGAGCCGAUGUUUUCCAAUUGGAACAUAGAUGUUUCGGGCAGAGCAGACCAUACAAAGACCUGUCCUACCCUAACAUCAAAGUUUGCACAAUGAGCCAAGCCAUCGCUGACAUUCACAAUUUCAUCGGCCAGAUGAACAUUCAGUACAACUUCAGAAAUCCAAAGUGGAUCACAUUCGGAGGAUCUUAUCCAGGAACUCUCUCCGCUCUGUUCCGCCAGCAACAUCCAGAAGACACUGUUGGAGCUGUUGCCAGUAGUGCUCCUCUUGAUUGGACUCUUGACUUUUUUGAGUACGCCAUGGUCGUCGAAGAUGUGUUGAAUCAAACAAGUACGGAUUGCUGGCAAAAUGUGAAAGAUGCGUUUUACAAAAUGCAACAAUUGAGUCUUACAAAACAAGGGAUUCAACAACUUAACGCUUAUUUUGACCUUUCCCCACCAUUCGUUGAUGGACAGUAUACUCAACAUGACAUUGACAAUUUCUUUGCCAACUUGUACGGCUUUUUCCAAGGAGUCGUUCAAUACACUUAUGACGGAAGAAAUGCUGCCACAUUGAACGGAUUGAAUGUUCAGCAGUUGUGCAACAAAAUGAACGACAAGAACGUCCCAGAUGUCAUUAAUCGUGUCAAUAACACUGUGAAUUGGAUCAACCAAAUGAAUGGGGAUACAGUGGGGCCAUUCCAAAACUCUUAUAAAGAUAUGAUGGCAGUUCUGGCUAAUGUCAGUUAUGACAAUUCUGGAGAACUUGCUGCGAAUCGUGGUUGGAUGUGGCUGUGCUGCAACGAGCUUGGAGCUCUUCAAACUACUGACCAAGGAAGAAACAUCUUCCAGCAAACUGUUCCAAUGGGAUACUUCAUCGACAUGUGCACAGAUAUGUUUGGACCCGAUGUCGGUAUCAAGUUCAUUCGCGACAAUAACAAGCAAACUCUCUACAAGUAUGGAGGUGCUGACAACUACCAAGCAACUAACGUCGUCCUUCCAAACGGAGCUUUCGAUCCAUGGCACGUACUUGGAACGUAUAACAACAACACCGCUAAUCAUAUGACCCCACUUCUCAUUCAAGGAGCUGCUCACUGUUCCGACAUGUACCCAACCUAUGCUGGAGAGCCUGCUGAUCUUCAAAGAAAUCGAGACAUCAUUCACAAAGAGUUGAAAUAUUUCCUUGGUCUAUGA